CUAAGGCAAACAUGAAUGGAUUUACAUUAUAAACGCAUCAGGAAAUUAUGAGAUUAGAGAGUUUUAAAUCAUUUUUAACACACGGAUAUAAACUUGUAGAAAAUAAAUUUGAAGGUGCCUUUAAAAAAAAGUGUUAAAUUACUUUAAAAACGAAAAAACAAAUCGCCAAUAGGUGGCAGCAAGAGACCGCUUUAUUCGAGUGAAGCUUUGAGUGAUUCAUACAGCCACGAAUCACUGAUUCAUUGACUCGCUCGAUUCUUUACAAAGGCCAGAAUCAUUCGUGUAAGGAAACGCAGCUGUGUAUUAUUCAGAGAUGUCUAACUUCUGCAGUUUAUUUAAUUGUUAUCAUAGUAAUGAUUUCAAUAUUAUUUAUGAGAAUAUAACGCGGAAGUUUUCAGCGACUCUUCACGUGAUCGUCAGCAUCCAUGGCAACGGUUCUCUUUGUGUUGUUUUGAACUUCGCUCUGUCAUUGGCAUCUGAUCUCGGCGUCCUUCGUGGCAACUGAUUCCCAGAUUAUUGAUAUUAUUGAUUGUUGGAUACAUCGAUUGAUCGCCUGCUGCUCCCUUCAUUCAGGUUUGACCCUUGUUAUCACACUGUGUUUUGUGUUCAGUAUGUCUUGUGUUCAUUACAGGUUUCAGAGUCGACUCACCUACGACUCGCUCCAGUUUGAGGGCCUCAACAUCACUGUGGGAGAGCUGAAGCGGCAGAUCAUGAGGCGCGAGAGGCUGAAGUUCUGCCAGCUAAAGAUCAGCAAAGCCCAAACUGAUGAAGAAUACACAGAUGAUGAUGCUCUCAUCCCCAAAAACACGUCGGUCAUCAUCAGACGGGUCCCUGCAGCUGGACUGAAGUCAUCAAACAGAAGAUUUGUUGGACAUCAAGCUGGAUUAUCAGCCAAAUCUUCUCAAACAGGUGAUUCUUCACUCCUCUCACUGGAGCAGCUGUUGAAGACUGAGAAUCUGGCUGAGGCAAAGGCAUCAGAGGAGGACAAGCUAAAAGCGGUGAUGUACCAGUCCAGUCUGUGCUACUACUCCAGCAGGGUAGCAGCUCUGCUUCGCAUAAGCGCAUCAGGAGGAGCACAGGGAUUCCCCGCAGCUUCCUGUUGGAGGUGGACGACCCAAACCGAAAGGGAGUCAUGAUGGACGGCAGCGGCAAAUACGUCAUUCCCAUCAUAGACGCUGAGGCCUAUGCUGCUGAGAAGAAAAAGAGGCCGC